CACUGUUUCUCUCUCAGAUCUCUUUCUCUCUCUCUCUCUCUCUGCAACAACGGAAGCUGAAGUAGGGAGGUGUAAUGGGUUCUCUAGCUCCAUGGUCAGAUGUUUCUCAACCUCCAAAAGAAACCCAAACCCAAAUAAACCCUAACGAACUUCUCAAUCUCUUCAAAUGCCAGCAGAAAUACAUGAAUUUCUUCUUCCAGAACCUUGACGUUUCUCAAACCCUAUCUUUCACGCAGACUCUCUUGAACGCCAAAGGCACUAUUUUCUUUACUGGCGUCGGCAAAUCUGGUUUCGUCGCUCAGAAGAUCUCUCAAACCCUCGUCUCUCUUGGCAUUCGAUCGGCUUUCUUGUCUCCUCUCGAUGCUCUUCAUGGAGAUAUCGGCAUUUUGUCCAAUUUAGAUCUUCUUGUUCUCUUUAGUAAGUCGGGGAAUACUGAAGAGCUCCUGAAAUUGGUUCCCUGCGCCAAGGCGAAAGGUGUGCUCUUGAUCUCCAUUACCUCCUCGGAGGGGAAUUUGUUGGCCAAUGUUUGUGAUUUGAAUGUACAUUUGCCUUUGGAGAGAGAAUUGUGCCCGUUUGAUCUGGCGCCGGUGACAUCCACGGCGAUUCAGAUGGUUUUCGGGGACACUGUUGCCAUUGCUCUGAUGAGUGCGAGGAAUUUGACCAAGGAUGAGUAUGCGGCGAAUCAUCCAGCUGGGAAGAUUGGAAAAAGCCUAAUCUUCAAGGUAAAAGAUGUUAUGAAGAAGCAAGAGGAGCUUCCACUGUGCAGGGAAGGAGAUUUGAUAAUGGAUCAGUUAGUGGAGCUUACAAGCAAGGGAUGUGGAUGCCUUCUUAUUGUUGAUGAUGAGUACCAUCUCAUUGGGACUUUCACAGAUGGUGACCUGCGGCGCACCCUGAAGGCCAGUGGAGAGGGCAUCUUCAAGCUGACAGUGGGGAAGAUGUGCAACAGGAACCCAAGAACAAUUGGUCCAGAUGCCAUGGCAGUGGAGGCUAUGCAGAAGAUGGAGUCCCCACCAUCUCCUGUGCAAUUCUUGCCUGUUGUCAACCGUCAAAAUAUGGUGAUCGGGAUUGUCACAUUGCACGGAUUGGUCUCUGCAGGAUUGUAAACAGUGUAGCUUUCUAUUCUGCAUGGUAGCAAUGCUAUGAUUCUCUGUAUCUGUUGAGAUGCAGAUCCUCCAGUUAAAAAUGGGGAUCUUCUGUUCUUUGAUUAAUUCAGAAAUGAAGAAACAUGAAAAGCAUAUUAUUCCUUCAUUGACUUGGUCUUUCAGACCUACUUAUUGUCUGUAAGAUUUACCUCUGCCAAAUUGUAUGAAUACCUUACAAUUUUCUC